GUGGCGGGCAAAGCAACUGCGGAGCUCUUCGCACCAUCUUCUCUCCCGCUCUACGCGGGGGGCGCUGCUACUGCUUUUUUUCGUUUCGCGUGCCCCGUUGGCGCUGACGGAACACACUCGGGAUGGUGUGUCGGUGUGUGCUGAUGUCGAUAAAAGUUUUCAUUCCACGGAGAGACAUAAUACUGCCCCCUGGUAAGCCCCCGUCGCAGACGAACAGUGUUUAACAGUGAAGCGGGUUGCGAAGAGCUUCAGCAGCAGCGCAGCAGCAGCUCCGGCUCCGGCAGCACCAGCAGCAGCAUCACCAGCAAGUAAGCAGGCAGCAGCAAGCGGUGCAAUUGAAAUAAUUUUGCAGAACCUGUAGCCGCGCGACCAAGUGUGCAAGUGCAAUUUUAUAUUUCCCAAAAAUCCCAACCACGCGCGUGAGUUCCUCUCACUACUACCACACAACACAACAAAAAAUAGUAAUGCCCAGUGAAAGAGUGCGUGUGUGAGAUUGCAAAGUAAAAAAAUGCGUGUGUAGUGAAUUAAAAGCGAAUUUUUAUUCGAGUGCAUAGUAUUUCCAUUUUCCACCCUCUCGCGGUACGAGUUUUCCGAGCGACGGCGCCGCGCGCGUUUGUGUGUGUGUGUGUGUGGGAAGGAAGUGUGUCGGUCGAAGUAAAAGUGCAUCUCCCGCGUGUUGUGUGUGCAUCAUCGGUUUUUCGGUCACAUAAUUUUUGGCUGGUUUUGCUUUUCCUUGCUCCGUGAGAAAACGCGACCGCGCGCGUGUGUAUGUGGGUGAAGUUUUUUUUUUCUCUCUGAUUGUGGAUGCGUGCGAAUGUGUUUGCAGUGAGAGGGAGGUGGAAGUAAGUGAAGUAGAAGCAGUAGAAGAAGUGUGGUGCAGUGUGGGGGAGCAUAGCUCCGAAGAAAGUCAUCCCGCUAAACCAGCUUAAGGAAAGGAAAGCCGGUUGGAGAAGAACGGUGGGAGGAAGCCGCGCUUCUGUUGAAUCUUUUCCACCGCGAAAAUCGUCGAAGUAGGAGGAAAGACCGGCAAAAACGUUUGUUGUUGUUAUAGUAGAAGCGAAAGGCGUCAUAAACAAUAACACAACCCGGUUCUCUGUUUGAUAUAAUCAUCCCCAUCUGAUCUGCAAAGUCUACCACAGCAGUGUGCACCAAUGAAAACACUCAAAGUGUCUCGGGUCCACUGGGAAACAGCCAUUUUAAGUAAAACAUCAAAUAUCCUAAUUGCCAGCAGUCAACGGCGGCGGCGGCACACACGGUCGUAGAUUCGAUCGAUGUGAUUUAUUAGUUUUAUUCGCUUAUUUUAUAUCCCAGAUGAUCUCCCUCGACGGUUACAGUGAAAAAUCCCACCGGCGGCAGUGAAUGUGCAUUGUUUGCCAGUGUUAACUAACCGAACCCGUGAUAUAGACAUCGUGUGUUAGUCCUAAAAGAAGGAGUGGAGUGCAUACCCAGUGUAUCCUUAUUCUCUCCCCACCUUCCCCCCCAAACCCCCGUUUUGUGUGGGAAAGUAAACCAUCGAGCGAGGCUACGGUUGGCCUCGCAGGGCAACGUUCUUCCCCAGUUUUAAUUGUACGGGUAGGACCGGCGGCGCCGGGCCUCUCGCUUUUUCCGGGUAGGCUACCCGUGACCUUUUUCCGUUUGGCGCGGCAGUUCCGACACCAGCGGGUGUUGGAACUUAAAAGGCGCCAUCAUUCCUUCCACAAUAGGGUCGUCACACCUCACCAACCUGUCUGGCCCUGCUGCUACACAUAGUAGCAGGGGCAGCACAGGCCAUCUUCCUCCUCCCCCGGGGUCGCACCUUCAGGUAAGCUUGCCCGAGCAACACGCUGUGUGUGUGUGUGUGUGUUUUUUUUUGCAUUACACUUGCUAACUCCCACUUCCAACCAUUUCUCCAGCAACUCCAUGGGUCUGGAGUCCUUACGGAUCAUACAAAAUUACAGUAUUUGGGCAACAUGCAGGUGCAUCCCGCACACAGCGGUAGCGGAGGACAUCAUCCGCCACCGCCGCCCACCCAGGGACCGCCUCAGUCCGCCCAUCCGCCACCACCGCAACCGAUACCGAUCGUGAAGCCGGAGUUUAAGGUGCCGCCGAUACCGGCCCACCUGAUGGAUGUGCGCGGACCGGAUGGGUCGCUGGUCAAGAUCAACAUGCCGGAGCAUCACGAUCCGAGCAAACCGCCGAACAACGUCGAAAUGCUGAAGGUGAACAUCGAGGAUCUCAGCCAGUUUCUGUCGUACCAUGAGGUGUUCGGCAAGCUGCCCUCCGACAUGCUGACGGGCCCGUCCGCCAGCUUAGUGCCAUCGUCCUCUACCAACACCGCUACGACCAGUGCGCAUAGCAAUGGUAAAUUAAAUCACAUCCGUCAGCAUACGGGCGAAUCUCCGUUCAAGUGUAGCUACUGUGCGAAAAGCUUCACCCGUAAGGAACACCUGACUAACCACGUUCGCCAGCAUACCGGUGAAUCGCCUUACCGAUGUCCGUACUGCGGUAAAACGUUCACCCGAAAGGAACAUCUUACGAACCAUGUCAGAUUGCACACAGGCGAAACACCCUACCAGUGCACAUACUGCGGGAAGAAGUUUACGAGAAAAGAACACCUUACCAAUCAUGUCAGAUUGCAUACCGGUGAAACGCCAUUUCAGUGCACUUACUGUGAGAAGAAAUUCACUCGCAAAGAGCAUUUGACUAAUCACACAAGGUUGCACACCGGCGAGACUCCUUUUCAAUGUUCUUAUUGUCAGAAAAAGUUCACUAGGAAAGAACAUUUAACGAACCACGUCAGGUUGCACACCGGCGAGACACCUUUUCAGUGUUCUUAUUGCCAGAAGAAGUUCACUCGCAAAGAACAUUUAACGUACCACGUCAGGUUGCACACCGGCGAGACUCCUUUUCAAUGUUCUUACUGUCAGAAAAAGUUCACUAGGAAAGAACACUUAACGAACCACGUCAGGUUGCACACCGGCGAAACUCCUUAUCAGUGUACCUACUGCGACAAGAAAUUCACUCGCAAAGAGCAUUUAACCAACCAUGUCAGAAUACACACUGGAGAGACUCCCUAUCGGUGCACGUAUUGUGAGAAGAAAUUUACCCGAAAAGAACGUUUAACGUAUCACAUAAGAUGGCACACGGGAGAGACUCCGUACCAUUGCACGUACUGCGAGAAAAAGUUCGCCCGCAAAGAGCACCUUACUAAUCACGUCAGAUUGCACACAGGAGAGACCCCUUAUCAAUGCACAUAUUGUGAAAAGAAAUUCAGUAGAAGAGAGCGUUUAACGAUUCACACAAGAAUCCAUACCGGAGAGACUCCGUACGCAUGCACAUAUUGUGAUAAAAAAUUUAGCCGCAAAGAACGAUUAACGUAUCACAUAAGAUUACAUACCGGAGAAACUCCCUAUCAGUGCACGUAUUGUGAGAAGAAAUUCACUCGCAAAGAACACCUUACAAAUCACGUCAGAUUACACACCGGAGAAACUCCCUAUCCGUGUACGUACUGUGAAAAGAAGUUCACACGUAAAGAGCAUCUUACCAAUCACGUCAGAUUGCACACCGGAGAGACCCCUUAUCAGUGCACCUAUUGUGACAAGAAAUUCACUCGCAAAGAGCAUUUGACUAAUCAUACAAGAUUGCACACCGGAGAAACUCCUUAUCAUUGCACCUAUUGCGAGAAGAAAUUUAUGCGCAAAGAACAUUUAAAGAACCAUAUCAGAUUGCAUACCGGAGAAACUCCGUACCAAUGUACGUACUGCCAGAAGAAAUUCACGCGAAAAGAGCAUUUAACAAACCACACCAGAUUGCAUACGGGCGAAACACCUUACCAGUGUUCUUACUGUCAGAAGAAGUUCACCCGCAAAGAACAUCUCACGAAUCACGUCAGGCUGCACACCGGCGAGACUCCCUACACGUGUACCUACUGUCAGAAGAAGUUUACGCGUAAAGAGCAUUUGACGAAUCACGUCAGAUUGCACACUGGCGAGACUCCCUUCCAGUGCACGUAUUGCCAGAAGAAAUUUACGCGAAAAGAACAUUUGACCAACCAUACCAGAUUACACACCGGUGAGACUCCGUAUCAUUGCACCUAUUGCGAGAAGAAGUUCAUGCGAAAAGAACACCUUACGAAUCAUAUCAGAUUGCACACCGGAGAAACUCCCUAUCAGUGCACGUAUUGCGGGAAGAAAUUCACCCGAAAAGAGCAUUUAACAAAUCAUGUCAGAUUGCAUACCGGAGAGUCUCCCUAUCGGUGUUCGUACUGUAACAAGUCAUUCACCAGAAAAGAGCACCUCAAGAAUCACGUCAGAUUGCACACGGGUGAUUCACCGCACAAAUGUGAGUACUGCAACAAAACGUUCACGCGGAAGGAGCAUCUCAACAAUCACAUGCGCCAGCACAGCGGAGACAAUCCACACUGCUGCAAUGUGUGCAACAAAACCUUCACCCGGAAGGAGCAUUUGAUCAACCACAUGAGCCGUUCGCACACGGGCGAGCGACCGUUCCAGUGUGACGAGUGUGGCAAAUCGUUCCCGCUGAAGGGCAACCUGCUGUUCCACCAGCGCAGCCACACCAAGGGCCAGCCGAUGGAUCGGCCGUUCCGGUGCGACAUGUGCCCGAAGGAUUUCAUCUGCAAGGGCCACCUGGUGUCGCACCAGCGGUCGCACACGGGCGAGAAGAACCAUCACUGCCCGCAGUGCAGCAAAUCGUACGUCGAGCGGGGCAACAUGCUGCGGCACAUGAAGAAAACGCACCCGGACGCGGUCAUACCGGUGCUGCCCAAGUUGCCACACAUCAAGGUGGAACCGAAGUCUACCGUAUCUCAGCCCGCGUCCGUGGUGACGUCGCCGGCUCAGGCCACGUCAACAAUAACGUCGAUUAUCUCCAACAAUACUCACCCAUCGCAGCAUCACCAUCACAUUCAACCGAAAAUGGAACAGAAAUCUCAGAUACAUCAUCUUCCGCUUCCUCAUCAGCAUCCAGCUCACCAGCUGCACCACCACAUCUCGGCGGGCCCCCCGCCCCCACCGCCCUCGAUGCAUCUGCCACCAUCAAAUCCGCAGUUGGCAGCGCUCGCCCUCCAUCAUCAGGUCCAGCAGCAGCAUCAGCAGCAGCAGCAACAACAGCAGCAGCAACAGCAGCCGCAAUCUUCGCCUUCAACGGUACGAACCCAGCCAUCCCCUCGUACAUCACAUCAGCCGCCGCCGCAUCCACAGCAGCAGCAACCGCAGCAGCAGCCGCCGCCGGAAAGCCACCAGCAACAGGGACCGGGCCCAGCUGGACCCCUUCCACCUCAGCACCAUACGGUCCCGGUUACUAUUAUAACCCAUGCUGGAAGCAUUAAUCCCGGCAACAUGCCGGUGGUGGAUGCGGUCGGUGGCGGUGGCGGCGGUGGCCCACCGAACGGUCGGGUCGGUGCAAUCCAGAUGCAUCAUCUGGCGGCGGCCCAGCAGCAGCAGGCGGCCGAAGAGCAUUCGGUGGUUUAUUGAAAUAACGGCAUCGGUGGCGGUAGUGCUGCUGCUGCUACUACUACUACUACUACUCCUCCUGCUGUGCUGGGGAGCACCAGAGGAGGUGGAGGUGGAGGUAGUAGAGGAGGAGCUACUGGAACUGGUGGUGGAGGUGGCAAUAACAAACCACCGCCGCCACCAUCCGUAUCGGCGGCUCGCAUCGGUAGCAUAGAGCUGAUAGUACCGACGAUUGCCGCCAGAGCGGGUGGCGGUCACGUCACGCUACUCCAAACACCAAAUGUCGCCACCGAACCGCAGCAGCCACAGCAACAGUAUCAGCACUCGAUCGCUCUAAUGCCUUUGCUGCAGCAACAGCAACAUCUAGCGCAACAAGCAUCGACGCUGCAAACGCCGUCACAGCAGCAGCAGCAGCAGCAGCUAUUCAAGUCAGAACACAACAAAACACUAACCCAGCUGUAGUAGUAGUAGUCGUAGGAACUAGUAAUAGCCGGUGGUAGCCGAUCGUGCUACAAAAGUAGACGAGAAAGGCAAAACUGCAGCUUGUUUUCUUUUAUUAUAUUCAUUUGUAACUGCGAGCUACUAGCAGUAGAGGUACGUUUUCAUUUUUCUACAUAGGAAUACAUUUUGUUAUAGUGUCUCAACGGCGCUACCUUAAUAAAACAAAGGUAAAACAUACACAUAAAGGCGGAGACUGUCGAGAGUAAUGGGAUAAUGAGUAAAGAAUGCAUUAUUUACGACCGUUUGGGUCGUAUACAGCAGCAUCCUCUCGGGACGACACUCUCGGCUGAUCUGAAGGCACGCAAAACCAGUGAAUAGUAGAGUAAACAUUUUUAAACGGUUUGCAGAGGAAGUGUCGAUGUGCGUGUGUAUGAACGAUUUAUGAAACCGUGCUACCAUUAAACAAAACUGUGUGGGUAUCAUUGCAAAACGAUGAACACAAACUGUUUUUUUUAAUUAUUUUUUUUUAAAGAAAUUUCCUUAAAAAUGGAACAUCGGCGGCUGCACACAGGAAAAGAUGAGAGAGAAAAUACAAACAAAAAAAAAAACAAAAUAGAAGUACAGAUAUAUGCAAUUAGUAGUUUUUAAAAGUAGCGAAGAAGAAGUGCAAAAGAAGAAGGUGUGUAAUGCUAAGUUUAAUGAUGAUGAACACAAAUAAGCGUAGCAUGAUGAUAUAACGCAGAAGGGGUGCAACACAAAACACUCACACAUGUGCAACCUAAAGUAGAGAAACAAUACCAGUAAUAAUUGCAUGAAUGCAAGCAACGGUAGAGCGCCGGCACCACUGUCUGUGUGGAAAGUUGAGUAAAAAAUGAAAAAAGAAAACAUUACAGAAGAAAUGAAGAAACAAAAAAAGGCAUGUAGAAGUGCAUAAACAUACACUGCAACAUGUGUAAAAUUAUACGUGAAUGUGAGUGUGUGCGUGUGUGUGUUAAAUAAGUUUAGUGAGAACGAGCCUGUACAAUAGCAUCAUAGCAAGGGGAAGAAAAGGAAGUGAAAAAGCGAAAACAGAUACGAACAAAAAAGUCUUGUAGUGUUUAAGGGGAGAGAGAGAGAGAGGAGGAAAGCAAGAGUAGUAGUAUAUGGAUAGAAACAACACAACAAAAUAUGUUCGACAUAGAAAGGUAAACAAGAAAGAAGAGAAGAAGGUGAGAGAAAAAAAAAGGAAAGUAGUGUAAACCCGUAGUGAGUUAAGUACUAAAAUUAUAUACACAUAUAAAUCUAUAUACCAAGCGCGCUAUAUCUUUAUAUAUAUACAAACACACACACACACACACAUACAAAAAGGCAG